AUGGCCAAGAAUAAUCUUACCACAGUCACUGAGUUCAUCCUCAUAGGAUUCACUAAUCAUCCCAAGUUUGAGGUUCCCCUCUUCAUGGUGUUUCUGAGCUUCUAUAUAGUUACUCUCCUUGGAAAUAUGGGGAUGGUCAUUCUGAUCCAAGUAGAUAUCCACCUCCAUACCCCAAUGUACUUCUUCCUGAGCCAUCUUUCCUUCUUAGAUACAUGCUACACUUCAGUCAUUACCCCUCAGAUUCUGGCCACAUUGGCCACAGGCAAAACAGCCAUCUCCUAUGGUCAAUGUGCUGCCCAGUUCUUUUUCUUCACCAUUUGUGCAGGGACAGAGUGUUUCCUGCUUGCAGUAAUGGCCUAUGACCGCUAUGUUGCCAUUAGCAACCCAUUGCUCUAUACUGUGGCCAUGAAUUCCAGAAUCUGCUGGAGCUUGGUGGCAGGAGCCUAUGCCUGUGGCGUGUCAGGGGCCAUACUGCGUACUACGUGUACCUUCACGCUUCCCUUCUGUAAUAACAAUCAGAUCAACUUCUUCUUCUGUGACCUCCCACCACUGCUGAAACUCUCCUGCGGUGACACAACAAACGUGGAGAUUGUCAUUGUUUUCUUUGGCAACUUUGUUAUCUUGGUCAAUGCUUUAAUCAUCUUGAUUUCCUAUAUGCUCAUCAUCAAGACCAUCUUGAGGAUGAACUCUUCAGGUGGUAGGGCCAAGACUUUCUCCACCUGUAUCUCCCACCUCACUGCUGUGGCCCUCUUCUUUGGGACUCUUAUCUUCAUGUAUAUAAGGAGUGGCUCAGGAAAAUCUCUGGAAGAAGACAAGGUUGUGUCUGUCUUCUACACUGUGGUCAUCCCUAUGCUGAACCCUCUGAUCUAUAGCUUGCGAAACAAGGAUGUGAAAGCUGCCUUCAAAAAGGUCACUGGGAGAUUUCAGGUAUCCCAGAGCAUGUAG